AUGCCCAUCAACAAUUCAAGCCAGGAGGCGAGGUCCCUUGGAGACAGCCUCGAUGCACUUGCGCAGCAGCUCAACGCCACAGCCGAAGCCAUCCGCAGCUGUACCACAUCGCUAGAUGACCUCGACGAUGAGCGCGCCCGUGUUGUAAACGCAGCAGAGGCGCUACUCAAGGACAUCAACCCGGCGGAUCCCGUCAUGACUUCCAUGAUAUCCAUGGUUCAAUUCACGGCCAUCCGUCUUUUCGUCGGUUGGAAAGCGUUUGACAUUAUGGCCUCUGCUGGGACCAUUUCUGUCGCAGACCUUGCGGGAAAGCUCGACGCAGACGUGUCCCUCAUUCGUCGCCUCACUGGCAUUCUCACAUCCACCGGGGUCCUGAAGCAACUCGACAACGACAGCUUGUCGAUGACGCCGGCCAGCACGUCCUUUGUUUCGUCUAGUCCCCUCAGCGCCCUCAUCAUGAUGGGCUUCGACGACCACCUGAAGGCGCUGCAUUCGACGCCGGCCUACUUCGAUCAGUACGGGCGCAAGGAACCCACGGGGAGAUACGACACGAUCCACGCAUUUGCUGCUGGUGACCCGAAGCUCACAGUCUGGGAGCAUACGAACCGAGACCCGGUGAAGAAGUCCUACUUCAUGACAGCCAUGAUGGCCAUGGCCAGCCGGAUGCCCACGACCGGUUCAUACAACUUCGCCUGGGUCCUCGACAAGAUGCACGAGGCGCCUGACAGGGCUCUGGUCGUCGACGUCGGGGGCGGUAAGGGCCAUGCGCUGCAGGCUAUCCAGAAGGUCACGCCAGGCCUGCCCAUGAGUCGCUGUGUCGUCGAGGACCUGCAGGCGGUUGUCGAUGAAGCCAAAAAGACGGCUACUGGUGAGCUCGCAGACGCACAAUAUGUUUCCAUGGACUUCCACUCGGAACAGCCCGUAAAAGGCGCCUGCAUCUAUUACAUCCGCAGGUGUCUCCAUGAUUACGGCGACGACGUCUGCGUGGAGAUCCUGCAGCAGCUUCGUGAUGCCAUGGUCGAGGAUAGCCGAGUGCUCAUUGUAGAGCAGGUUUUGAGCGAUCCGCCGCUGCCAAUGGCUGCUGCCACGGACAUUUAUAUGGCGACAAUUGGAGUCGUCGCCGUCAUGGCGCCGACUCCCGACGAGCUCUCGGCGCCUGGCGCCGUGAGCUACGACUCCAACACAAUGAGCGUCGGCGAUGGCACAUGGGACUUCACCAAGAACAGCUUUCUGCUGCCCAACUUACAAGGCCUCAACUUUGAGACCAUGCGUUAUAAUGGCAUGGCAAACAGAUUCAGGACCCUGGAUCAGUACCACCGCAUCGUUCUCGCGCACGGUAUCAUGGCGGCAAUCGUCUUCCUCCUCCUCGUCCCGGUAUCCGUCAUGAUGGCGCGCUUCUACUCAAGCCGGCCGGGCUACGCAAUCGCAUAUCACGCGCAGAUACAUGUCUUUGCCGGCUUGAUGGUCCUCGUCGUAUUCAUUCUGGGCUUCUUCGCCGUGGGCCCAGAGCGCAACCUGACGAACCCGCACCACGGUAUCGGCGUCGCCAUUUUCGUCAUGUUCAUCCUCCAGCUUGUUGGCGGUCGACUCGUCCGCCACAUCACCAAGCUCCGAUCGCUUCGCAUCAUGAUUCAUCAAUGGUCUGGGCGUGCCAUUGCCCUCCUCGGCAUCGUUCAGGUGCCUCUGGGGCUUACACUCUACGGCUCGCCGAAAUACCUCUUCAUCCUCUACGCCUUGUGGAUGACCUUUCUUCUUGUCGUGUACUUCUUCCUGAGCUGGAGGUCUGCAGGUCGCCGCGAGCUUUACAUGGGCGGAGCCAGGUCCGAGGGGGGUCGAACCCGCAUUACAGAGUCUGAAUUCUUCUCCGAUGCCGAUCCUAAGCAGCACAAAGGCGGAUGGUCGAAGUGGCUAGGGCCCCUGGCCGCUGGUGCUGGCAUUUGGGCUCUGCUGCGAGGACGCAAGAAGGACCGAGACCGCGCCCGCUCACGAAGUCGGAGCAGAUCGAGGUCAUCUUUUAGCCGCAGCCGAGCACCAGAGGUCAUGUCUUCACGACGCGGCUCCGGCACCUAUCUAACCGAGAAGUAUUCUGAGCUUCCGCCAGAGAAAAGCGGUGGCGGCGGCUUCAUGAAGGUCUUGGGCGGUGCGGCAGCUGCCAUUGGGGCGGGCAAGCUUGUGUCAGGAUUCAUGAACCGACGGCGCGACAGGCGUGACGAAGAGUACUCGGCCGUUUCGACCGAGACUCCCAGACGUUAUCGAUCGGGACGAGGGGCGCCGACGAUGACGGAAUUGAGCAGUGAGGUCACCGACGACUACACGAGGGAUCCGCGAGACGCUACGCAAACCUCUCUUCUGCCUCCCUCGGCGAACCGAGGCGGCAUGACAGCUGGCAUGGCAGCUGGCAGGAGCGCCGUUGACAGCAGAGACCCCCGACGACCGACGACCCCUCGACCAAUGCACGCCCGCGGGCACUCGGGUCACGACUUUGAGGAUUCAGAUUAUUCAUCCUACGUGAGCCCGUCGCGCCGCCCAGUUGACGGCAAGGGAGGCGGUGGUGGGUUCGCCAAGGGCAUCCUUGGGGGACUCGGCAUGGGAUGGUUUGCCAAGAAGAUGGCGGACAGACGGGCGAAGAAGGAGGAAGACAGGCUGCGAGAAGAGGAGGACAUGCGCUCCGGAACGCAGGUCUCACGCUUCACCGGGGACGGGUAUCCGUCACCCACGCGAAAAAGCUCGCGCCGUCCCGCACCCGUCAGGCGGCCGACCGGUUACGCCAGAGGCGGGACCGAAAUCUCAGAUGUCACCGAGUCGUCAAUAGACUCGCGGCCAGCUGCUGGGACGUACGGUGCGCCCAUGCCGCCAGCAGCCGGCUACCCGCCAGCGCCUCCUGGGGGCCCUGGCAGCCAUUCGAGACAGCACGUGGAGCCAGUGUCGAUGCCUGCAAUGCCCCCAGAUCCCCACGGAGUCUUGCACUCGGAGGCAGAGGGAUCCUUCCUGUCUUCCGGAGGGGAUAGCCGCCCACCACAACGACGAGCAUCAUCCCGUCGGCGGAGAGCCGGCGAUAGGGCUGCAGCAGCGGCAGCAGCACGAGCCGGAAGUCUCGCCGCGGACGAGGGGCAUUCGCAUCUUGACGAGCGGCAAAGAUAUGGCUCGCCGCAAAGUCAGCCGGUCAGCGUCAAGCUGAAGGUCCACGACGAUCGCGACAGGAACGUGACGUUGCGGCGACUGACGGAGGAGGAGGCCGCGGCAGCGCGGGGCCCAAGAAGCCGUGGAGAUUCGGAGAGCAGCCUUUCGGGGCUUGAGUCGCCAAGCUAUGGAAGGGGCUACCGGAGAGAUUCGAGCCAGCGAAGGAUGGAACGGGCAGCCGAGCGGGCGGCAGAGAGGAGGGCAGCAGCGGCAGCAGCAUCAGACGACAAGCUGGCACCCCUUUCACCGCCGAACCCGGCAUUCGCGAAGGGCGGCAGGAAGACCAAGGACUCCGCGUACUACUCUGGACAGCCAGGCCCAUCGGGGACAGCGCCGGUCGCUGGGCAGACUGUGUCGAGCUUGGGCAGCCCGGAGAGCCACGGUACAUGGAGCGCCAUGAGUAUGUCUCCGGGCGGCCCGGACAAGGGGCCCGAGUCUGUAGCCGCCGACGAUAGGAGACGGCGACGAAGACAGGAAAGGCGCGCGGCGAGCAGCACGACGCGGCCGUCGGGUGUGGACAUGUUUGACUAG